AGCAUUUAAUGCUUCUUCUUUCCUACCUCCUGAUAAUGGUUGAUAAUUGUGGUCAUGCAGGCGUGUUUCCAGAUGUUCAGUCAGGCCACCUAUCCACGUACCCAGCCUUUUCACUGGUAAAAUCUGGCAUGUUAAACAGCUUGUAGCAGGCUUUCUUAACUUGGGUUCUUCAUCUAAACCAGAACAGAAAAUGAAUUCUGUUGACCUUUUUCUCAGUUUGCCCAAAAUAGCACAUAAUUUAUACAUUUUUAGAUCCUUGGGAGAAAAGUUAAUUUAUUGCAUGUGGUGGUUACAUGAGGACAUUCAGAGGCUAAUCCUUGGGAUCUGUGUUUUACCAUGUGCCAGUUGCAUGAUGGUGUCAUGGUUAGAUUACUGUUCUUUUGUUUUGUUGUGGUGUAUCCAGUAGUUUGCUAAUCUAUGGAGGAGGUAUUUUCUGAGUACGUGUAAUCUGAAAAGUCACUUUUUAACAAAGUUCAGUGCCGCUAAAUCUUAGAAUUUUAAUUGUGCCGUUUUUGUCCUCCUCCUGAUGUUUUCAUGUGUUCUUUUGUAUAUGACCAGUUUUUCUGAGAAUUCAUUAAGAUUGUUGUUGGUUUUCUAAAGUUUUAUGUCUUAUUCUGGGCCCUGGGUAAACUGGGUCUGUCCUCCAGAGACUUUUCCAGUUUGGGGCCAUUUUCUUGGGAGAUUUCAGUCUCUUGCUUAACUUCUAUCCGUUCUUAGGCCUUCUGUUUGGUUCUCUUGGAUGUUUUUCCUCAUUCCUUUCUGUUUAAACUUUAGGAGAAGAGACUAUUUUAUGUCAUCAAAAUUGUGUUUUAUUUUUUUAACUUCCAAAUGCUCUUCCUUGGUGUUUGGGGACAUAGUAUCUGAAGUCUGAAGAAACUCUUCACCCCAUGCAUUGUUUACUCAUUUUUUUUCACCUCUCAGUCUUUUUUAUAUUGAUUAGGAGGAUUGCUCUUGCUCAUGAGGCUGCAGUUGCAGAUAUUUUGAUGGGAUGAACAGAUAACACCAGCCUUUUAAUUUCUUGAGUGUUUUUGGUACAGUAACCUUAUUUUGGGAGGUGGGGAAAAGGUUGGUGCUGUACUGUCUUUCUAAUCCCAGUUUCCAGGGGUUAGGUGCUUCUUCUAGUCGUUUACUUCAGGUUUUGUUUUUCUUCAUUGAGUGUUCCAUUUCCUCGCUCCAGGAGGUCUAUCCUUGUAGUUUCUCAUUUUAUACCAUUGUUAAUGGAGACUCCAAUGGAAAUGGUGAAUGUUCAUUGUUCUUCAUUUCACUGAACAGUGCCUUUGGCUUAAAGGAUGUUUAUAUUAAUGUUUAAAAGAUCAUUAAGUUGAUAGAAUUCCAAAACAAGCUACACAUGAUUUUUUAAAACUUACUGGUGUAAAAUAGUGCUACCAUGAGUUAAAUACAUUAGAGUUGUCGUUUCUUUCCUAGGUAGUGAUUUACAUUGCAGAAUGUGAUGAUAUGGGAGUAUAUUAGGUAAUUAGUUACUUAAAAUGUUCAAAAGUAGAAGUGUACUUUUGCAUUAUGUCUCCAAAAUGUAGGUCUGAUUUAUUUGAGUAGCUUUGUGUAGAAGUUAACACUUGGGUUUAUUAUUUCAUGGGUACGAAUGUAGCAGGAAAAUCAAAAGCACUACUCCCCAUUCUUAGGGUUGGCCUUACUGGUGACCCUGUAUCCUGUUCUUGCUCAUAAGAUAAAACUAAUCAGAUCCAUCUUCAGUAAAGAUUCCAGGUAUGUCAUGUGCCUCAAAAGUCACUAAUAGUGCUUGGUUCUAGACCUCAGCCAACUAAAUACGGUAAGGCUUAUGACUAGAAAUUCCUCCUUUUCAAGGAGUGCAAAUUAUUAAGUGACAUUGGCCGUACUUAGAUCAAUAUUGGUUUAAUUGCUAAAAACAAAUGAGGUACUUUGGGAAAACUAAAGUUUUAAAGCAUAUUUAGCUUUUAAAAAAUAGUGAGUUUUAUGUUAGAGCACCAGCCGGGCAGAGAGGCAGAGGGGGAGAGAGAAUCUCAAGCAGACUCCAUGUCCAGCAUGCAGCCCAACAUAUGGGGCUCAGUCAUGACCUGAGAUGAAAUCACGAGGUGCUUAACUCAGGCACCCACAUUUUUAGUUUUCUAAGAUAAAUAGGAAAAAAACAAUUAUUUUCCUUUGUCCCUAAUACUAAUCUUUUUUGAUUCAUAGUAGAGGGACCUGUAAGAGAAGCUGCUUUGUUCUUAAUUUUGAGAACUUAUGGAUUUGCCAGGAGUAAUACUUUUUAUAUUUAGUACUUUUUGAUGGAAUAAUUCUAUUUCUCUUCCUUAAGCCAGUCUGCUGAAUAUGAAUGUUUAAUGGCUUAGUUCUUAGCAGUACCAUUCACUGUUCUGCAGACAUUUCUUUUAAAAUCCCCACUUUAAUUGUUUCCCUUUGUACCUGACUUUGAAAAAUAUAUUUUAAUGUUUUAUUCUUUUCACUUACCAAUUUUCAGAAUGGGUUGAUGUUCUGGUAACCUCUGGAAGUGUAUUGAGUUUGAAGUAUCCUGAAAUCCUGUAUUGGUAUUUCACUGUAACUUUUUUGGCUGACAACCACUAGCUUAAUGAGGGGAGAGAAAAUGUCUAGGUUGUGGGGCUUUUUGAAAUUGUCCAAGAAAAGCUGAGGAUCACAUGCACUGAUGCUCUGAAUCAAAGGUAGUGGUCUGGGCUCUGGAGAUAAAGGGGUUAAAAUUUUUUAUUUUGUUGAGUUUUUUAAUUCCAGUAUAGUUAACAGUAAAGGGUUAAUGUUAUUUCAGAAAGUCUAAGGCUACCUUCCAGCCAGUUCUUGCCAAAGAGCCAGUUGCUGCUCCCUGACUCAUGAAUUUGGCAGUUAGAGGUCCUGUUUAAUGCUGUGAAAGUUCCAAGUGCUGGUUUUGAGAAAAUUGUUGAGGCUCAUCUGUGUUAAGGGUCUGCUCUUAACCAAACUACUUGAUGCUGUUGAAGGCUUGAGGCUCUGUCCUGGGUUCUUAGGCUGGAGGUUCUCCCAUCUGUCUCCAAAAUACUUUAUUUUACAGUCUUAUGUUGGGGAGAAGUGGGGAAAAAAGAUGUCAGAUGUUAAUUUACUUUCACUCUUGAAAAAGAGAUGGGAGGAAUCUAAAAUAAUUAAAUGUAUACUGUGUCCCAAAGUUCUAAGUGUUUAGGAUUAGUAAGUAAGCAAAACAGUUAACUGUCCUGUUGGACUUAACAUCCCACUGUACUAGCAGUCAAUACACAUUCUCAACUCCCUUUAAAUUUUCAGUUCUGCGGAAGACAACAAGGGGGUAUUACUGGCUUAUUACAGCUGGGAACUGAAUUAGCACACAGGCAUGUAGCCCAAACUGUAGUGGCCUGCAUUGGCCUCCCUCACUGCCACAAUUGGAACAUUCCAACUCAUUAUUACCUACAGUAACCUUUUGAAAAAAUGGAUUUUGACCCUUAGUUUCAAAGCCUUUGACAGACUAAUUGCAUGUCCACACUGGUGAGUACUACUUGGCAAUAAGAAUGAACAACUGAUCAACAAUGGAGGAGGAUGAAUCUCAACAUGAGAGCAAGAGGCCAGACACAAAAUCGCACAUAAUACAUGGUUCAGUUUGUUACACUAGAAUCUAGUGCCAACAAAUGUUAAAUUGGGGCCAGUGAUGGGUGUGGGGAGCCUAUGCCUCAGGUUUUUGUUUUGUUUAUAUUUUGAGAGGAGGGACAGGGAGGGGGGAAUCCCAGCAGGCUUCACACAGUCCGGCACAGAACUGGAUGCAGGGGCGGGGCUUGAACUCAAGAACCUUGAGACCAUGUGACCUGAAGUAAAAUCGAGGUGCUUGACCGAUGCUUAACUGACAGCCACACAGGUACCCCCAAAAAGGUGUUGACAUACAUACAAACAUUUUCCAAACUCACACUUAAAACGUACGCACUUAAGAAUUGUACAUAAAUAGUGGCUUUAAAAAAAAAAAAAGGCUUUUGGGUACGUAUUGGCCUCUGAGAGCCUACAAGUCGUGAUUGAGCAUUUGCCUGUUUUUACCCUCAACUUUUGCCACUCACCCCUGCCUUAGUCCUUUCUGUCACCUAGCCUUUUUCUGCUUGCAGGCACUUGACGUCUUUUGCUUGGAAUAUUCCUUUGCAUGGCUGGUUCUCCCCACCUUUGUGUCUUAGCCCAAGUAUUACCUAGAAGUGUUUUCUAUACCACUGGUUUUCUUCAAAGCCCUGAUAACAAGCUAGAAUUUCUCUCUUAACUUGCUCAUUGCCCAUCUUCCCUAGAAGUGAAGUGGCUUUUUAUUAUUUUUUUUUUUUAUUACUUUUAAGUUUAUUUUGGGGAAGGGAGCAGAAAAGGAGAGAGAAUCCCAGGCAGGCUCUGUGCUGGCAGUGUACAGCCUGAUGCAGACCUGAUCCCACCAACCGUGAGAGCAUCACCUGAACCAAAAAAUCAGGAGUCAGAUGUUUAACAGACUGAGCCACUCCGGUGCCCCCAAUGAAGUGGCUUUUUCAGGACAAGAACUUGUCUUUCUUCCCCCAUGGCCUAACAGUAGGAUCUCAAUAAAUGGUGAUUGAAUGAAUUGAUAAGUGACUACCAAAUUAGUAUUACAUAUUAAGUGCUAUAUGAACAUGUCAAAUUGAGAUAGGAAAACCUCAUAUAAGAUUCACGUAUGGAGUAAGAAAAGUAUGAAAACUAGAUUUGAGGUGUAAAUUUGGAGUCACGACCUUCUAGUUAGACACCUCUUCAACUGUAAGUUGAGAAUGAUACUACCUACCUCAUGAAAUCAUAAGUGAAAAUCUGAGAAUCAUAAUUACAAUUACUAAUAACAGCUAAAACCGUUGGAGCCUUCAUUAUGUGCCAGACUCUGAAUGACCUCAUUCAGUAACUGGAAACAACUCGGGUUGUUACUGUUCUUAGCCAUAGUUUGUAGAUGAAGCAGAGUCUCAGACUGUUACUUGCUGGAAUUUGUAAGUAAAUGUUGGAGGCAAUAUUCAAAUCCAGGAUUUCUGACUUUUGAGUUGAUGCUCUUAUUCAAGACUGUUCUCUUGACUGGACCUUUUGGGUCAGCCUUAACUUGGGUGAUAUUUGUGCAGUUGAAAGACACACUUUAUCUGAACAUUGGAGAAAGUUGCAAGCAUUUUACAUAGAACAUAGUUAUAUACGCAUUCCAUUUAAAAGUAACUAAUAAUAGUAUAUAGCAAGAUCAGUCCUUGCAAUGAGAAUGUCUAAAUUGAGUCCAGUGCUUCACACAGGGACCUUUUCCAUCACCCAGUACCCAGUUUUCAAAAAGUUUUCUGCUCUUGUGUCCAAUGCUGAAAUAGAGGCGGCCUGUUUAAGAGCCUCAGCUUUAAAAGGAACUUAAAACAGCUUGGACUGAUACUUGGAACAGUUGAAAUUUCGUAUUCCGUAACUGAGAAAUAGCGCUGUUUGACAGCAGCUACUUCAGUUUAUGCUCUAGUGAAAUGAAGGCUGUCAGCUGCCGCCAAGGACACAGGAGGGAUCUAGCCAGAUAGCAUGGAUUUCUGAAUUUUGCUUUUUGAGUUUGUUCUUCAGUGUCCUUCCCACUAUGACCUCUUUCCCUUAGCAUCAGGAAGCCUGCCACUAGAGAGUGAGGCAGUUGCACAUGACAAGAACACCUACAAUUCUGAAGUUUGUGGGAAGGACGGGAGUGACGCCUCUGAAGCGGGGAGAGGCGGUGAGAAGAGAUGUUCUCCUUGUUGACCUGGUUAAAAAGGGACUAAAUUCGCUUAGUGUGCAAACGGAAGCAAGUCUCAGCCAGGUGGCGGGAGGAGGGCCUGGAGUGGUCGCUGACCAGAGUCCUGCUGGUUGCUUCCUGUAGCCCUCUUGGGCGGGAUUGCAGCGACGCUUCAGUGCCGCUAGGUGGCAGCCGCGCGUUUCCAAAGCAGGCUUGUCUACCCGGGAGCCCAGCUGGGAGCGGGAGAAGCGACCCGAGAGUCCUGGAAGGGGUUGAGGGGGAGAGAAGUCCUGGAGACCCCUUUCCCGCAGGGGCAAGGACGGAGAGAUACGAAGGGGUCUCACUUAAGAGUGCCAGCCAUCCGAGUAGGCAUCUGGGGCACGCCACGUUCCUGCGUGGACUCACAGGGCGGGUAAAAACGAACCCUCUUAAGCGGUGCCGCCCCGGGGGCUGGGCCUGACCCGCCCCCUCCUGGCUCCCCACUCCUGCGCUAAAGGGUGUGAGUGAGUGCUAGUAGCGAAUGUGGGCGAGUGAGGACGCCCCGCACCUAACUGCGUUCUUGGGGACCGCAGCCUUCCCAAUUCCGGCAGCAUUUGCGCCGCGGCGCGGGUCAUUGCGCCCGGGCGCAGAGCUCCGACGGCUUUCAGCGCUCACCAGCUCCAGCCUCGCGGGCUCUGCCCCUCGCCGGUCCUGUCGCCGAGAGUCUGAGCGCCUCCCUCCAACCCGGAGCCGCCAGGAGAAGGCGGAGGCAGUGGAGAGGCCGCGGCAGGCAGGCAAGCAGGCUGGGCCGCCUUUGAUGUGGGCGCGGCGCACCCAGCCGAGCUGAGCGCCCGUCCGGCCGCGCCCCGAGGGGGGAGCCCCCGGGCCCCGCAUCCUCAUUGUGCCGACUCGGGCCCGGGCCCGCCCCCGGCCCCCCGCCCCCUCGCCGCCCGCGCGUAGAAAACGCCCCGGCCGCCGCCAGUGGUGGGAGGCGGCGAUGCGCACGGCCGGAGAGACGCGGAGGAGGAGACAUGAGCCGGCGGGCGCCCAGACGGUGCGGCCGUGACGCGUUCCUGCUGCAGCCGCGCGCCCCGGCCCUGGAGCGCUGACCUCUGGCCCCGCACCGCCCCGGGCCCCGGCCGGAGAGCGCGCCCCAGCUUCCAGCCCCGCCGCGCAUGCUGCCCCCGGAGUGAACCGAGCAGCCAGCCUCCCGCAGACGCCCGGACAGACGGACGGCCAGCAGUGAGCAAGCUUCCCCGCACCAGCCGGGCGCCUCUUGCACAGCGGCGGCCACCCCGUAGCCCCCGCGCCAGCCCGGAGGGCGCAGCGCUCGGGAGGAGCCGCGCGGGGCGCUGAUGCCGCAGGGCGCGCCGCGGAGCGCCCCGGAGCAGCAGAGUCUGCAGCAGCAGCAGCCGGCGAGGAGGGAGCAGCAGCAGCGGCGGCGGCGGCGGCGGCGGCGGCGGAGGCGCCCGGUCCCGGCCGCGCGGAGCGGACAUGUGCAGGCUGGGCUAGGAGCCGCCGCCUCCCCCCCGCCCAGCGAUGUAUUCAGCGCCCUCCGCCUGCACUUGCCUGUGUUUACACUUCCUGCUGCUGUGCUUCCAGGUACAGGUGCUGGCGGCCGAGGAGAACGUGGACUUCCGCAUCCACGUGGAGAACCAGACGCGGGCUCGGGACGAUGUGAGCCGUAAGCAGCUGCGGCUGUACCAGCUCUACAGCCGGACCAGCGGGAAGCACAUCCAGGUCCUGGGCCGCAGGAUCAGUGCCCGCGGCGAGGACGGGGACAAGUAUGCCCAGCUCCUAGUGGAGACAGACACCUUCGGUAGUCAAGUCCGGAUCAAGGGCAAGGAGACGGAAUUCUACCUGUGUAUGAACCGGAAAGGCAAGCUCGUGGGGAAGCCCGAUGGCACCAGCAAGGAGUGUGUGUUCAUUGAGAAGGUCCUGGAGAACAACUACACAGCCCUGAUGUCCGCCAAAUACUCUGGCUGGUACGUGGGCUUCACCAAGAAGGGGCGGCCACGGAAGGGUCCCAAGACCCGGGAGAACCAGCAGGACGUGCACUUCAUGAAGCGCUACCCCAAGGGACAGGCAGAGCUGCAGAAGCCCUUCAAGUACACCACGGUGACCAAGAGGUCCCGGCGGAUCCGCCCCACGCACCCAGGCUAGGCUGGCCCCACCGCAGCCCCCCAGGCUGCCCCCAGGCCCACACUCACACUCACAGAGAACUGCAUCAGAGGAAUAUUUUUACAUGAAAAAUUAGGAAGAAGCUCUAUUUUUGUACAUUGUGUUUAAAAGAAGACAAAAACUGAACCAAAACUCUUGGGGGGAGGGGGAGCGAUAAGGAUUUUAUUGUUGACUUGAAACCCCCUGUCUAUGACAAAAGACUCACGAGAAGGGACUGUUGUCAACGCACAGGUGCUUGUCUCUCUCUAGGAACCGACAACUCUAAACUUGUCCCCAGAGGAGGAUUUGAAUGAGGAAAACGACACUCUGAGAAACCAAAGUCCUUUUUCCCAAAGGUUCUGAAAGCAAAGAACAAAACAAAAACAAAAACAAAAACAAAACAAAAAACAAAAAAAAAGAAAAAAAAGAAAAAAAGAGAAAAA